AUGAAAGGAACGAUUCAAGAACUCCAACAUGAACUUGAAGCCGCCGGCCUCAUGGGGCUUGUGGACAAGCACAGGGCCGCGGAGACUGUAGACGACUUGCUGUCAAGAUUUCUUGUUGCUAGGAGGGGCAAGGUGAAAGAUGCCUUCAAGAUGCUCAAGCACGACCUGGAAUGGAGGGAGAAGGAGGACUCGUUGACCAUCCGGUCCAAGACGGCCCGGGAGAUGCUCCGUGGAGAUACGAACCCAGCAGGCAAGCAGUUCCAUGAUCAGAUGUUUCCUCAUGGAUACCUGGGCACCUGCAAGAUGGGAAGACCGAUCUUCUAUCAGAACUUCGGGCGUCAGUUCGACGCCGACAAGCUGGAGAAAGUCGCCAACCUCCACCAUGACGACCUUGCGAGGUACAACAUCUGGAUGAUGGAGAGGCUGGCAGCGAAGAUGAAUUUUCAUGGGCAAUGGGUGAUCAUUGUGGACCUGGACGGAUGGAACUUGGGGCAGCUAACGAUGAAGCACAUGAAGUACGUUCGCCAGUUCGUUGACAAGAAUUCCAAUCACUAUCCAGAGAGAGCCGGGAAGAUCUUCUUGAUCAAUGUUCCUUCGGUGUUCUCCAAGUGCUGGAGCCUUAUCAAGCCCUUGCUGGAUGAUGUCACAAAGCAGAAAGUUGGGUUGUACAGCUCCCCUGAGCAGUGGAAGCUAGCAGUCCAAGAGUGCUUCGAUUUGGACCUCCUGCCCAAGCAACUUGGAGGAAGCACUAUUCUUCCAUAUGACCCACAUUCGCUGGACCCAUGA